CAAUUCUAUAUCUGUAAUAAACAGAAAAACCGAAGGCCACUCUCAAACCAAACAGCCUUCUAGGAAAUUUCGAGCUUCCUCUUUCAACUGUCUCAAAAUCCAAACAUGAACAUGAAAAAAUCAUGAUGUAGCUGUAACACUCUAAUAUCUCUGCCAACACCAAACCCGCACCUUCACUCCAAAACCUUCUUCUCUGCAAAUACUUCAAAUUCUAACUUCUUACUUAGUAUAACCUACUUAGUUUUCCAAUGACUUCUCGAGCUCCAAUCACCUUCCGUCACAUUAUAACAAGGCCCUUCCGUUCUACUCCAGUUGACAGGUCCUUACAGACUUUCCCUCCGGAGAGAUACUCCGACCUCGUCCGCCGUCGUGGUGGGCUCAUUUCGGUACCUGGAAAGGCUGCGGGGGCAAGGGAGAAUACUAUUAUUGGAUCAGGGGCGCCGCAGAAUAAGCUGACGAAGUUGCUGCUGAAUGUAAAUAUAGAAAGGAGUUUGGGGCCAGUUCAGGUUAUUAUGGCACCAGAGAAUACUGUUGGGGAUUUGAUUAAGGCUGCUAUUGAGAUUUAUGUGAAGGAGAAAAGAAGACCUCUUCUGAAAUAUGCUAAUCCUGAUUGCUUUCAGCUUCACUACUCGCAGUUUAGUUUGGAAAGUCUGAAGCCAGAUGAGAAGUUGAUAAACUUGGGCUCCAGGAAUUUCUUCUUGUGCUCAUCUUCAAACUCCAUCAAUUCUUCUUGCUUAGAGAAAGCAAAAUUGGCAAAUAAAUCUGCAUUUCCGUUUAUUAAGUUAAUGGACGUCUUGCUAUAGUUGCUUUGAUAUGUAUAUACAUAUAUAUCCUUCAAUCCAUAAAACCAUGUUCCGAAUGCAACGCCGUUGUCUUCUUCGCAAUGUACGACAUAGUCUUCCUCAGCAUCUUUAGUGUUUGUAUAUAAACUAUUUGAUCAAUUAAUUAGUAAUAUUAAGAGUCAUGUUACUCAAUGCUAAAAUUAAGAGUUCAAUAAGUAGCACCCUUUAUUUC